AUGGCAUGUAUGGAGCUUCUGUACCUCGCCAAGGAGGGCAGCCAGCCAGAUCAAUGCCACAAGGUGGACUGGAGUUUGCAGGCUUCCCCAUGUCAGGGGCAGCCCGAUGAAUGCAAGGCAAGGACCAGAGCAGGAGCAAUAGCUGCCGAGUGCUCUGAGGAACACGGCAAAGCCUCCCAAAGGGCCGCCCAAGAAGAUCCUGCACAAGUCCCUCUUUCUUUCAUGGCUGCAUCAGGGCUGUCUCCAGAAGGUACAGCAGCAGGGGAGGUUGCCUCCCACCCGGGCCCUCCACUAGGAGAAAAAGAAGCCACCCGAAAGAGGGCCUGUUGCUGUGAAUCGGAGACAUCCUUCACUCAUGUGGAUGAAAACAUCAACAACCUCGACCCUACAGGAAGCUUUGCGCACAAGCGCUGUUGCCAAGAGACGGAUCUCCGCCCCCAUCCCGACGCUUGCGGAGACAGGGCCCUCGAGUGGCCCUACGAUCUGCCCUCGUUGGUUUCCGAGGAAGACGACAACGCCGGUUCGGAAGCCGCUGGGAAGUCUGUCGAUUACGGCUUCAUCAGCGCCAUCUUGUUCCUGGUCAGUGGGAUUUUGCUCGUGAUUGUUUCCUAUGUGGUUCCCAGGGAUGUGACCGUGGACCCCAGCACUGUGGCGGCCCGGGAGAUGGAGCGGCUGGAGCACGAGAGCGCCAAGGUCGGGGCUCACCUGGAUCGGUGUGUGAUCGCCGGGCUCUGCCUUUUGACCCUGGGGGGCGUGGUGCUCUCCAGUUUGCUCAUGAUGUCUAUGUGGAAAGGGGAGUUGUACCGGAGGAAGCGGUUCGCUGCCUCCAAGGAAUCAGCCAAGCUGUACGGCUCCUUCAACUUCCAAGUCAAAUCCUCUCCGAACGAUAACAUGGAGUUGUCAUUAGUUGAGGAAGAUGCUCUUGCCAUAGAUGGUUAG